GUGCCUGCUCUUCCGCCCAUUAUUACGCCCAAUUCUUUCUCAGUUUUUCCACGUGGACAUGACAGAUAUAGGGAUAUAAUGAUUUUUUGGCAGGAUAUACAAAAACAAAGGAUUUAUGGAUCUCAUUUAAAAUACAUCGUUUCAAUUUGCCCUCUUGUGAAUACUCAGAACUGCACCAUGGAGACAGAACGCAGCUAUGUCCGAUUCAUAGCUCCUGCGCAACAGGAAGUUACUGCAAGAAUUUGGUCACAAAAUGAAAUCGGAAUGUCACGAGAUUUUGCUUUCAUUAGGAUUCCAACUGAAGAUAAAUUAUUGCCACCUCCUGAAGUGGUGGUCAGCACCAAUGGAACAUCUACUGUAUUGUACUGGAAAGCUACUCACUCUCAUAAAGAUAACAAAUUCACGAUCUAUUGGUGUCAUGGUGACUAUAAGAAUCUACAUUUGCUCCAAGGUGUUCAAAAUACUUCGCUUACGAGAAACCACGAUCGACUGAGCUAUUUUAAAUAUGGUGUGUCUGUAGUCCAUAAUGAAACGACGAGUGGAAUCAAAUGGGCAACUUGUGUCAUCCGAAACAAUAAAUUUUCGAGGCCGCCAGAAGUAAGCUUGGUACUACUGAAACAUACUCAUAUUAACAUAGUCUGGAGGAUGCCCCGCUGUAACAUGUACUUACUGUCGGAAUUAAUUGACAAGUUUGUCUUGACUAUUUGCGACGAUCCCAACUGCACAGGUAUGGAAAUGGUCAAGGUGGCAGCGGAUGUAACAUCAUAUAUGUAUACUAUAAAUCAGAAAAACAAUUUUUGUGCUAAAGUUGAAGUGAAAUUCGGAGGAAAUUCCCAAACAAGCGACAUCGAAUGUUUAAGACUGGAAAAUACAUUUCAUUUUUACUUAGCAGCAAUCCCCGUUGUUAUUGUUGUUGUUCUGUGUCUUUUAAUUUUAGCUGCCUUACUUGGAAAAACCAUCAAAAGGUGGAAUUCCAACAUCGAAAUUGAAGUCCCAGAGAUUGGUUGUGAUCAGAAACUCCUGAAUGGCGCUCCCUGCACCUCCGACAGCAAAGACGUGGUGUUAGAUCAGACCCAGGCAGACAGUGUGAAUGUGAUAAAAGAUGUACCAGAGGAUAGAGAAACAGAGCAAACUGUGACUUCAUAUAUAGAGGUGGAAACUGACUACUGUGAUAACUACACCAUUAUAAAGGAUAUUGACUCUCGUACAUAUUGAAAGAACAUCACAGCUGAGAGAGAGAGAGAGAGAGAGAGAGAGAGAGAGAGAGAAUGUAACAAUUUCUGUUCACUUGACUAUGAAAUUAACUUUUAUUUGAAUUGUAUUUCCGUAUGACCUGACAUAAACACUUGUUAAUACACAUACUUGUUUGAUGUCAGUGCUCUCUGAUAAUAUAUUUGAUGCCCGUGCCGAUGUUGAAUUAAUGUCGUAAAAAGGUUAUUCCUGCAUGGAAAACAAUUUUUAGCUAAAAUGACGUUUAUAAAGACAAUUUCAUUAAAUUUAUUUCUCAGUUGGUAUAAA